GGCACCUGACACCACGCUCCGCGCCUUCUCUUGACCUCUCCUCCGGGGCGCCUCUCCUCGCGAAAUAUUCAGUGUUGUUCUAUCCCACAAGUGCUGUAACUCCGGUGAACAUUAAAGGGUGGCUGGGGGAAAUGAAGUGGGAAAGGAGAACGUAAAGAGCCUCUUUGAGGGUGGUCAGUAGAAGACUUGUGCACAGCGGGAACAUGAGUCGGUGUGGGUGCAGAGUGACAUGUUCGCGUACAGUGGGGCACCUUCAUGACAGGAAGGUGUAACAGGCAUGGAUAGAGGUGGUAGUACCCGACGCAGGUACUCUACUUAGUGAAGUAGACAGCUGUAAGUUUGUGAUUGACUGUACCUCAGUAAAGUUGUGCUAAGUCCACCUCCAGGCCUUCCUUCACUCACGAUUCAAGACACUUUACCAACCACUUCUUUAAUCUUAAGGUGCUAGUGGCAGCCUGCGAAGUCACCAGCACACUCCCACUCGCUAGAAUAAGGAGAUUCCGCUGCCUCCAGUGACACUUAAGGGUGUCAGUAGCAACUUGAAGGUGCGACUUCGGAUCCGAGGACCUCCUCCUUCAUAGCCUUCCCUCUUUACCUUCGACACAGUAAUAGGUGUAAGAGCCUUGACCGACGUGGGGGGAAAGAGGAGUUUUUAGUCAUAUUGAAGUGUUGUGAUGGAAGGAAUAUGGACUUGGUUAUAGGGCCAUUGGCGAGGGUGGUGGCGAUCGCGAUUCAGGGUGGUGGCGAUUGAGGGUGGAGUGUGGGCGGCGGCGGGUGCCCCGAGUGAUGCAGGCCAGUGGUGGUGGUUGGUGGCUGCUCCUUCUAUCUACUCCAUCACCAGCGCCCCCUCUUCCCCCUUCUCCUACCCCACCACUGCCGCCGCCGCCGCCACCAUCAUCUCCAAGCCACGCCCACCGCACCGUGUGCCGCCCCUCACGCCCACGCGCCGCCCCUGGGUGAGCCAGAGGUCAUGCCGCCACCACCGGAGCACUGAGGACAUGGUGGUGGUCGGGGAGGGUCGGCGGGUGAGGACGUGCUGUAAACACAAGCUGCUACCCACGCGUCCGCGUGCUUGGAGGCUCAGGCACUCUGAGUUCGACAGAAUAGAAGAGUUCGUGGCGCACGGUGCCAAUGUGAACUGCCUGGCACUGGGUCACAAGUCUGGCCGGGUCCUCGUCACCGGCGGCGAUGACAAGAAGGUCAACCUUUGGGCCGUCGGUAAACCUAACUGUAUACUGAGUUUGUCGGGCCACACAACGCCCGUAGAGUGUGUACGCUUUGGAGGCUCUGAGGACCUGGUUUGUGCAGGGUCACUAAGUGGUGCGCUAAAGAUUUGGGACCUAGAGGCCACCAAAAUAGUCCGAACUCUUACAGGUCACAAGGCUAACAUCCGCUGUAUAGAUUUCCAUCCAUAUGGCGACUUCAUCGGUACCGGCUCCCUUGAUACUAAUAUUAAGUUAUGGGAUAUUCGACGGAAGGGCUGCAUCUUUACUUACAAAGGUCACAACCUCACUGUUAAUAGUCUCAAGUUUUCUCCAGAUGGACAGUGGAUUGCUUCAGCUGGGGAGGACUGCAAUGUCAAGUUGUGGGAUCUCCGAGCUGGCAAGAUGAUGACGGAGUUUGCACAGCACACAGGGCCGGUCAGUGACGUGGAAUUUCAUCCUCAUGAAUUUCUUCUGGCAUCUGCUUCUCAUGACCGGACUGUCAAUUUCUGGGACCUGGAAAAAUUCUCACUCGUGUCGGCUACUGAUGCUGAUACUGGGCCCAUUAGAACAAUUGCCUUCCACCCUGAUGGGGAUUGCGUGUAUGCGGGAUCCCCAGAUGUCUUAAAAGUAUAUGGGUGGGAGCCUGCCCGUACCUUUGACACUGUUGCUAUGGGUUGGGGCAAGAUACAGGAUAUUGCCAUUGCUCAAAACCAGCUGAUUGGUGCAGGCUUCCAUGGUGUGCACGUCUCCCUAUAUGUGGUGGAUUUGAAGCGUGUUCAGCCUUUUGGAGUUCCUCAGCACGAUGUGCCAUCAACUUUCAGAUACGGUGCAGCUAUACGCAAGAGUUUCAGCAAAGACAAAAGUUCGGGGAAAGCCACGGCAGAGUCCAUGAAGACUGAAGAAGCUUCAGAUACUGGGGGUGAAGAACCUCAGGAGGAAGACCCACCUCCAGAAAUCACUAAUCUUAAUGAUUACAAUGGAAUUUUUAAGACCCAUAGGGAACUACAGAGAACACCACCCCCGCCUGAGCCCAAACCCGCCAUUAGCAAUAACAAUGAUCCCAUGGUGCCUCAAGUAAUGACCAAUCCAGAUGUAAUACGACCAGAACCUCUGAGACAUAGUCCACCUACUGCAGCCAGGCCCACCACUCCAGACACCACUCGAAGAGGCUCCUCUCAAAAUAUUUCACACCUUCCUCGGCCCAUUGCCACUCCCAGGGAGAGUGUGACGCCCAGAUAUGAUAAUGGUAACCAGCCACAGACGCCCCCCUCAAACCCCACCAGUUUCCCAAGUGUCUUUGAAAGACGAGGCUCUACUCAGGAGCAGUCUGCGGGUGUGUCUUCUCACAGGGACUACACAUUAAGUGGCAGUGCCAGUCCCAACAUGAGUCAACCCUACAGAGCACGUGCUGUGUCGGAGAGCAGAAGAGACCCGAGAGAAUCGUCCAGUGCCCCAUAUGAAGCUGAAGGCAACAGAUACCACAUUCGACAUAGUCCAUCAGAGCCACAUUUGGUGAGACAGUCAUCUUCUCCAGGUCCUCCAUCAAGCUCCCCAGCUUAUCAUGACUCGGCUCCAAGCUUACCACAGUUGGCUCGACCAGAUCUCACUAAUCUAAGUCGCACUCAGGCAUCAUCUAAGCCAGACCUCACGUCUCACUCCAGGCCAAUUGAUCGGCCAACCCUAGUCAGGGCACUGCCACGUCCUCAUGUAUCACAGAGCUCGGAAGUAUUGUUCAUGGGCACACCCAAGCCAAGCAGUCCUGAUAUAUCAUACAUGGGCUCGAUGAAGGAACCACCUGAUUAUGGUUAUCGUCAAGAUGGCUUGAAGGAAAUUGAUUAUUCAUCUUCCUUUUCAAGUAUACCUCCUGAUAAGAGUAUUAACUUUGAUGACUUUCUACCAAACAAACUGAGUAGCUUGGGCUUGGAUGGAAGUACUGGUAGAAAUGGCCUAACAGGCAUUGCAGGGACUGAAAUGUCUGAACAGGAAGUGCUAUCUAGCAUCAUGCGUGGUCACUCAUCCAUGAUGUCUGUCAUUAGUGCUCGGUCUAGAGGCCUGCAAAUUACGCACAAGCUGUGGCAGAGUAAGGAUCUCAAGACAGCUGUCGACCAUGCUCUCAACACAAGUGAUCAGGCACUUCUCGUCGAUCUUUUAGGCAUCAUUAACCUUAGACCGUCAAUAUGGAAUCUGGACCUCUUGACGGCUCUGCUUCCGCCUGUCAGUUUGCUUUUGCAAAGUAAAUAUGAAACAUAUGUUACUUGUGGUUGCAAUGCCUUGAAACUGAUGAUCAAGAAUUUUGCAGUCAUGAUAAAAUCAAACAUGUCUGGUCCCAUACACAGUGUUGGGGUUGACAUAUCGAGAGAAGAACGGUAUAACAAAUGCAUUGAGUGCUACAAUCACAUGAUGUCAAUUCGAGCUUUCCUUCUCAAGCGACAAACAGUUCCUGGAAAAUUAGGACCCAUGUAUCGUGAAUUGGUCAUCCUCAUGCAAGCCUUUGAGUAGUGCCAACCUUUUUUGUGUAGUCAUUGUGAAAAAUUCUUGAAAAUAAAUGAAAUAAUUGGAAUUUAAACAAAAAAUAUAAAUUCAUAUAAAUGAUGAAAAUGAACAAGGAACAAAAAUAUGGUGUAUUAUUAAAAAUAUAGCUUAACAUUUUCUACUUUUAUGGAAAGAGUGGUCAGGAAAUAGGGUGUUAGCCAUAUUUAAAUUUACCUGAUUUUUCACCAUGAAGUUCGGGUGACAAUGAAGGACUGGUAAUUAUUUCAUAGUAAUGAGGAAAUUGUAGCACCUGAUUUCGAAAUUCGGAUAAAACACUGAUGCAGUUGCUGCUCAGAGCGCAUCUCUUAUUUACAGGCAUUUUUAUCAAGCACUUUAUAUAUGAAUAUAGGUGCUUUAAAUUUAAUUACUGCUUCUAUAUAGUGAAGACUAAUGAUUAUAUGGAAAUGGAUUGCAAUGAGCAGUAGUUUAAUUUGUGAUCAUUAAGCUAACAUUAUGAUGGGAAUUACCUAUGUAUAUUAAUCUCAAAUGGCUGGAUGGCUCGUGUUAAUUGCCUCCUGCACAUAGCCAAGGAAGUGAAUUACAACAGUUAUUAAUAUAAACUUUGUGCCUUCUCAUUUAUUACUCCUCUCUGCCCUAAUGUGAUAGUGCAGAACAGUAGUCAUAUGCAGUACCAAGGUAUUCUUAACAAGUCGGAAACAUUUCCAGACGUUAAUACGUUUUUCUUUGAAUUCUCAAACAAGUGUGGUAGUGAGAUACUUGUAAUAUUGAUGGGAUGGUAUAUUAUCAUUCUGUACUAUGUGAUUAUAAGAGACUUUUGUUGUUGCUAGGUUAGCAGAUUUUGAGCUUUAGGUUUACAUUUUAUAAUGUGAAGUGGAUACUACUAAAGGUUCACAUUCCCAGAGCCAGGCAGAUGUCUUUUGUUACUUGUGACGUACACACAGCCGAUCACUUUCUUUGUUUAUGCAGUACCAAGUCUUUUCCUUGUCAGGAGAUCUGACUGCUUAGUGAGAAGCACUGUGGGGAAAAAUUGCUUUUAUUUUAUUGCAAAUCAAAUUCAAAAUUUGUAUUACUUUUAUCCUAAUGGCAGAAGCCAGUUGCAAUAGCAUACUUGUAACAUAAUGCCCUUAACUGGACAUAGAGGCUGUAUAACAGAGUUAUCAGUGAUGGAUUUUGGGGUUAUCAAUACCAUUCAAAUGUACUAGCUAAUGAUAUAUCAGCCGGUAAUUCACCAGUAUCUCAGGUCAUGAUGAAUGAGUAGUUUUUACUUGGUGUUGUAAUCAGGAAUUGAACCUUCCUUGUAACAUAUCCCAGACCCUAAUAGAUGUAAUGGUGACAUAAGGAGGACCAAGCUUGGUUGCUCCUCUUUCUGGAUUUACAUUACCUGCCUUGCAUUCUAGUCUCAGCCAUAAUUUCUCAGACUAAUGAGCAUAAGCAAAAAUCCACCAGCCAGGCUUUGUGCAUUCCAUUUUAUUUAAUUUUUAUUUUUAUUUUGACCAUACUCUAUAAUCUCAUUGUUGCUCAACUAUUUGAGGUUAUGUGUUGGUGCACUCUUGCCCUAUAAAGUAAAUAGGGUUAGUGCCAAACACAAAAGCUGGAGUUUUUGUUAAAAUGCCUGGAGAUUAACAAAUCAAAGGUAACACCAUUAAUUUGGUAAUGUUAACCUGCAAAAAACAAUGUGUAAAAAUGUUUUUUUUUUUUUUACCUCAAAGAAAAUAAUCUUCAGGUAGUUUUAACUAAAUAUCUGCAUAAAAAUGAUUCACAUGUACAGGGAAGUAAUCUUGAUCAAAGUGGUGUAAAAGUAUCAUUGUGCGUGCGCCAGACCUGGGCUUUAUUAAAGGUGUAUGUUAUGCUCGCUUUUGGCCAUUUAAUGACGCAAUCAGCAGUUGUGUGCCUUGGAGGGUUUUAUAAUACUUACUGUUUUAUAUAUACAUAUAUAUAUUGUAAAUUAGUGACUGUUCCUGGCUAGGUUCCUGAUUGUCAAGGCAUUCAUAUAAAUAAUUACCUCUUGAAAAUAGAGGUUGAAAAAUAGCCAUUUCUUUACAGUUUGUCAGUAAUUUGACUGAUAAUUUUGUCUACUUUGCAGAAAUUUUACAUUGUAAUAAUGAUUUUUUUAAUUAAUCAAAACCUCUAUAUAAAGUAAAUAGUGUCUUUUGACAAGAAAAUAUUGGAAUAUAAAUACAUUAUCUUUCAAACUGCACUUUAGAGAAAUAUGAAUAAAUAGUCACAUUGUUCACUACAGGUAACCUGAAUUCCAUCCAUCUUCUGAAAGUGUGUACAAACCCUCCAGUCAACCCUAAACUGGAGACUGUGUGACUGCUGAUCAUGCUUGUGUACCAACUAAGGUGUCUGAUUAAAUAUAAAACAUAACUUACACCCAUUCCAAAGUUAACACUUUUUUUUUUAACCAAGUUAGCAUAAGUUUUUUUUAACAUUAGUGAAGGCUGUGUUUAGGGUCAUUUAGUGGUUCAAACUACCCUUUUCUGUUGUAUGAUUGUAUUUUGAUCAGUGCUUCAACUUUGGAUACAUGUGGUAGAAAAUGCCUCACUAUUGGUGCUCACAGUAACCUUUAACUAACUAGAUCUCAAAAUAAUGUUUUGUUUGCCUCGAAGAUCAUCUGUGGUCUGCUUCCUAAUAUUUACUCUUUGAAUGAUGGCCUAACAGGACUUGUAAAGUUAUGUUAAUUGGUUUUCAAUGUAAAGGAAGCUUGUCAUAUUUCAGAAAGUAGUAAAUGUUAUUUGAAUAAUAUGACAAUAAUAGUGGUUUAUUUUAGUCUUUCAAAAGUUGUAACAGGUCAUCCUGCUUUGUUAUAUUGAUGUGACAAAUUACGGAAGAAGUAUUUAUACUGUAAAUAGUUAAUAUGGUGUACAUAAUUUGUGAUAAUAAAAAUAUUGUUAAUUUAUAA